AGAAAGCAUCUUUGUCUGUACGGAGAAGGAGCUCCGGGCUUCCCUCUCUUGCUGCCUCCAUCGACACAGCAACAUCUAGAGAUAAGGAAGGAGAGCAGUAUUUUCUCAAGGCAGAGGUCGCGUAUUCAUCUGCCGCAUUCAAUCCAGGAUUUUCUCCCCUCUCCUUUUUUUUGUGUCUUUUGUGCCUGGCUGGAAUAUUCAGACCCCCUCGCUGUCUCCAUGUGUCGGAUCGCCGGAUGAUGCCCAGGAUUCUGGGAGGCUGAGAAGAAUGAAGGCUGUACCUAAGCCGCAUGCCUAGCUAACCCAUGGGGAACUGACAGGAACAGUGCUGGAUGGAGGCCAAGACAUUGGAUGGCGAAGACGGGGAAGCGCGCUGCAUUGUGGAUCACUUGUGUUGUUUGUUCUCAUUCUGUGCUGAUCCAAAGUAGAUGCAAAGUAUUCUGCAAUGUGCCUGGUUUGCUUGCUCUGUCACGUGUCACCCAUGGAGAGAUGGCAGAAAGAAUCAGGGUAGGAAGUAAAGGCUAAAGAAACUCUUCUUCUGCAUGUGGGAGCUGCACUCUUAAUUCUGCAAAUUUUAGGCUGAGGAAAAAAAAAAAGUCUCGACACAAGGUAGUAUUCCCCCUGUUAGAUUCAUAUGAAUUAGACACCACACACUUGUAGUUGUAGAUAGUAGCCAUAAUGAACAGGUGUAAAGGCAACACCUCCUGGUUAUUGUUGUUAGCUGGGUUGGUGCUAACAGGACUGGCCUUAGAGUAUGAAGGGGUUCCAGGUCAGUGGACACGCUACGCCCAGUGGGAUGCUAAAGCCACAGGUGAGCUGAGUUUUAUUCUGAAAACCAACAUCAGCAAAGCCCUGGUGCUGUACCUGGAUGAUGGAGGGAACUGCGACUUCCUGGAGCUUCUAAUCGCAGACGGUAGACUCCAAUUGCGCUUCACCAUCCACUGUGCUGAGCCAGCUUCCAUUCACACUGAGACGAGAAUCGAUGACCAGCGCUGGCACAGAGUCCUCCUCACUCGUAAUUUCAAGGAGACUAAGCUAAUUGUCGACAACGAGGAGAAAGAUGCCGAGGUGAAGUCCAAGAGGAAAGAGAUGGUGGUGGCCAGUGACCUCUACGUGGGCGGAAUCCCUCCUGAUGUCCGUCUCUCCGCUCUGACGUCCAGCACGGUUAAAUAUGAGCCGCCGUUCCAGGGCCUUAUAGCCAAUGUGAAACUGGGGGAGGCUCUUCCUCUGCUGUUGGAUGGUCAGGCUGUUCUCAGUGAUUUGGAGUACAUAUGUGAUACACACUCUCCAUGUGGCGACAAAGGCCUGUGCUCCGUCAACCAGGGAGAGGUCCUGUGUGACUGUAUCAACACCAGCUUCAGGGGGAGGUACUGCCAUGAAGCUGUCCAGAAAGAAGUGGAAGGUCUGGCGCACCUGAUGUUAAACCGCCAAGUGUUUCGCCAAGGGCAGGAGGAGUCCAUGGCCACCUUCAAAGGCAAUGAGUUCUUCAGCUACAACCUGUCCGUGACUCCCAUUCAGAGCAGUUUGGACGAGAUCACGCUGUCCUUCCGCACGCUGCAAAGGAACGGACUGCUACUACACACGGGAAGGUCGGCCGACUAUGUUAACCUGUCGCUGAGGAACGGUGCUCUGUGGCUCGUCAUCAACCUGGGCUCUGGUGCAUUCGAGGCCCUGGUGGAGCCUGCCACCGGGAAGUUCAAUGACUAUGUGUGGCACGAUGUUCAAGUGACGCGUAACCGUCGACAGGUGACCAUCUUGGUGGAUGGGAUCCUCACCACCACAGGAUACACCCAGGAGGACUACACCAUGCUGGGCUCUGAUGAUCUCUUCUACAUUGGGGGCAGCCUGAACACGGCCGACCUGCCGGGCUCCCCAGUCAGCAACAACUUCAUGGGCUGCCUGAAAGACGUGGUCUACAAGAAUAAUGAGUUUAGGCUGGAACUGUCACGGCUGGCUGAACAGAGAGACCCUAAGAUCAGUAUCCAUGGUGACCUGAUAUUCAGCUGCGAGAAUGUGGAAGCCCUGGAGCCAGUCACCUUCGACACGCCGGCUGCCUACUUGACACUACCAAGGUGGAAUACAAAGAAGACGGGUGCCAUAUCUUUUGACUUCCGCACCACAGAGCCUAGCGGCAUGCUGCUGUUCAGCCAUGGUAGUCUGCAGGGAACACUGCCUGACAGGAAGCCCCGGGCUGACUUCUUUGCCAUAGAGCUACUAGAUGGACUUCUCUACCUGGUCAUGGAUAUGGGCUCUGGCAGCAUCAAGAUGAAAGCCAGUAACAAGAGGCUGGACGAUGGCGAGUGGUGCCAUGUUGACUUCCAGAGGAAAGGGCGCAAUGGCUUCAUCGCUGUGAACAGCCAGAGCAUCCCCUUCUCUGCUAACGAAGGCAGUGAGGUCCUUGACCUCGAUGGGGACAUGUAUCUCGGAGGUUUGCCCGAGGACCGCCAAGCCCUCAUACUCCCCCCAGAGGUCUGGACGGCAUCCCUGGGCCUGGGCUACGUGGGCUGCGUGAGGGACCUCUUCAUUGACGGACAGAGCCGUAACCUGUGGAGGUUGGCGGAGGUUCAGAGCACAACAGGUGUCAGCAACCUUUGCACUAAAGAAACUCAUGUCAGAUGCACCAGAGACACGUGUGCCAACGGUGGACUCUGCAGAGAGGGCUGGAACCGACACAUUUGUGACUGCAAUGGUACUGGCUAUCUAGGUCCAAGCUGUGAGAAAGAGGCCACCGCGGUGAGCUAUGACGGCAGCAUGUAUCUGAAGGUGGUGCUGCCGAGGACGAUACACACAGAGGCUGAGGAUGUGUCCCUCCGCUUCAUGUCCCAGAGGGCCUUUGGGCUGCUGAUGGCCACCACCUCCCAGGAGUCGGCAGACACUCUGCGUCUGGAGCUGGAUGGAGGCAGAGUGAAGCUCACUGUGAACCUGGAUUGUAUCAGGAUAGACUGUAAUCUCAGCAAGGGACCAGAGAUACUCCUCGUAGGCGAGAAGAUGAAUGACAAUGAGUGGCACACGGUGAAGGUGGUCCGGCGUGGGAAGAAUUUGCAGCUCUCUGUUGACAAUGUGACUGUGGAAGGCCAUAUGACUGGCGCCCACACCCGCCUGGAGUUCAAUAACAUCGAGACGGGGAUCAUGACAGAGCGGCGUUUCAUCUCUGUGAUGCCCUCCAACUUCAUCGGCCACCUGCAAGCUCUCUCAUUUAAUGGGAUGCUCUAUCUGGACCAGUGCAAGAACGGAGACAUAUCCUACUGCGAGCUGAAUGCUCGAUUUGGCAUGAGGCAUAUUGUGGCCAAUCCUGUAACUUUUCAAACCCAGGCUAGCUACCUGGCUUUCUCCACCUUGCAGGCCUACGCCUCCAUGCACCUUUUCUUCCAGUUUAAGACCACCAGUCCUGAUGGCCUGAUACUUUAUAACUCUGGAGAUGGUAGUGACUUCAUUGUGGUGGAGCUUGUCAAAGGGUACAUUCAUUAUGUCUUUGACUUGGGAAAUGGGCCGUCACUAAUGAAAGGAAACUCAGACAAGCCGCUCAGUGACAACCAGUGGCACAAUGUGGCGAUCUCUCGUGACAACAACAAUGUGCACAUCCUGAAGAUUGAUUCCCGCACUGUCACUCAACACGCCAAUGGAGCCCGCAACCUGGAUUUAAAAGGAGAGCUGUACAUUGGCGGUGUUGGGAAGAGCAUGUACAGCAGCCUGCCCAGGUUAAUAGCAUCCCGGGAAGGUUACAAGGGCUGCCUGGCAUCCAUGGACUUGAACGGCAGGCUGCCUGAACUGCUGGCUGAUGCCCUACACAAGGUGGGGGAGGUGGAGCGCGGCUGUGGAGGUCCCAGCACCACCUGCACAGAGGAGUCCUGCCACCAUCAGGGAGUGUGUCUGCAGCUGUGGGAGGGCUUCUCCUGCGACUGCACCAUGACAACCUACGGGGGACCGUUCUGCAGCGACCCUGGGACCACGUAUAUCUUCGGGAAAGGCGGCGCUCUCAUCACCUUCACCUGGGCCCCCAACGAGCGGCCGAGCACCCGAGCGGACCGGUUAGCUGUGGGCUUCAGCAGCCAGCAGAAGGACGCCAUCCUGGUGCGAGUGGAGAGCACCCAUGGGCUCGGAGACUACCUUCAGUUGCACAUAGAUCAAGGAAAGAUCGGUGUCAUCUUCAACGUGGGGACAGAUGACAUCACCAUCGAUGAGCCUGCUGUCAUAGUAAACGAUGGCAAGUACCAUGUCGUACGCUUCACACGCAGCGGCGGCAAUGCCACACUCCAGGUGGACAGCCAUCCCGUUAUUGAGCGGUACCCUCCAGGACACUAUGAUAAUGAACGACUGGCUAUUGCUAGACAAAGAAUCCCAUACAGACUCGGUCGGGUAGUUGACGAGUGGCUACUCGAUAAAGGGAGACAAUUGACCAUUUUUAACAGUCAGGCAGCCAUUAAAAUUGGCGGUCAGGACAAGGGCCGGCCCUUCCAGGGUCAGAUUUCAGGGCUCUACUACAACGGUCUCCAGGUGCUCAAGCUGGCAGCAGAGAAUGAUCCCAGCGUGCAGGUGGAGGGAAACCUGCGGCUUGUUGGGGACUCGCUCAUGGUGAUGACCACAGACACCACCUCUGCUACCCCACUGGCGGUGUCUGACAUGUCCACCACUAUCAUGGAGACCACCACUACUAUGGCUACAACCACCACCCGCAGGCAGAGGUCACCCAGCUUGAGGGAGAGCAUCUCAAAGCCGCAGAACUCUGAUGAUAUUUUGGUAGCAUCUGCAGAGUGUCCGAGUGAUGAUGAAGACUUGGAAGAGUGUGAGCCAGGAACAGGAGGUGAAUUAGUGUUGCCUAUUAUAACAGUGGAUUCCCUUGAGCCCCCAUCCAUCGCCACCCGUUACCCUGUCAUCCCUCCUCCCCCUACCCUCCUCUCCCCACUUGAAACCACCAAAGAGUCCCUGAUUCUCCCUCCUCAUCCUUCCUGCCCCCCGGACCAGGAGGACUGUGGUGACCCUGUGGAGGUCUCAGCCUUUGGCUCUGGGGAGAUGACGGAAUCAGAUGAUGAGGACUUUUACAAUAAUAACUCCCCAAUGGUCACUGACAGGACAGUCCUUCCUCCACCUCCCACCUCUGGUGAGGGUGGAGUCCAGAAACCCCGCCCAUUACCUCCUUAUGUUCCCACCACCAACCCUGACCAGCUCCACAUCCCCGCAGGCAAAAUGAACACCCGUGACCAGGUGCUUCUGCCCCCUGCUCCUCCAUCCUCCCGAAACACGCCAGGACUAACUUACCCCCCCAAUUUUCCCCAUGUGCCCACAGCCAACCCCACAGUCUCCGAUGAAAAGAGCCAACCAGGCGCCGUGGAGGUGAUCAGGGAGUCCAGUAGCACCACGGGGAUGGUGGUUGGUAUCGUGGCUGCUGCUGCUCUCUGCAUCCUUAUCCUCCUCUAUGCCAUGUACAAGUACCGCAACCGGGACGAGGGCUCCUACCAGUCAGACCAGGGCCACAAUUUUGCCAACAAUUCCACUGUGGAGGGCAACGGAGCGGUAGUAAAGGACAAAAGCACAGCAACGGCCUCCGUGGCCAAGGCAAUCACAAAGGGCAAAAAGAACAAAGACAAAGAAUAUUACGUCUAGGAAAGAGGAGGGCAAGUUUGGACUGGGACAAGAGAAUGAGAGAGGAUGCUUUCAACUUUUUGCUCCCCUGUUUGUCUGAGAAAUUUCACAGGAAAGAAAAAUCAACUGCACAAAGCAACUGUAUCUUGCUUUUAACAGUGACUUUUUUUCUCCAGAGUCAAGGUUGCCCAGCUCCUAUUCGUGAUAAAACCCUCAUCUACGGCACGAGAUCUGACUCAUCCUCUGUGUCACAACGUGCACUCAGUCUGCGUUCACCGAUUCUUUGUUAGAGAGCCAUUUUUUUAUGUUUAGAGGCAUAUCCACUUAGGCUUUGUAUAUAGCAUGGUGCAGUGAAGAAAGUGCUGAGAACAUCCGGACAGAUUUGCCUAAGUGUUUUCUUUGUACUUCUUUGUAAUGCCCUAUCUCAAGUCUCAAUGUCCCCAUUAUGAUAUAUGAGGCAGAACAGGCCAGUUAUUGAAUUGUUACGGUAGAUGAGCAGAGAGCAGCCCAGUAAUUCUGACUACACUGCAAAAAGAAAAGCCUUUAUUUGGAUAAGACAUCAUCUCUGCAGCGUUCCUGUUAUGUCAUGUGGUUUUAAAACUCCCCAGUCACUCUGCCUCGAUGUGUCCACAAGAGAUGGUAUUAAGUCGCCGGUGCAGUAUCAUAAAUAAAGCAUGAUAUUUAGCUCUCUUGGUGAAAAGUAAAGCUUUAUAAAAGGAUUAUGACACCACUCCAGAUACCCUAAACCUUAUAGUAUGAUGGAUCAUUAACAUUGGAUAUGUGAGAUUUCACAUUUGAUCUGCCAUGCCAUUCCUUGUAGGAAUUAUUGUGAACAAGUCAGUCUACACCAGUGAAGGUAUUUCUCUGUAAACAUUGCUUGUAUGUACAUAAAGAGGUUAGCAGAUUGGAAAAGAGUACGCAGGGGGACAAGUAUGAAGAAAAAUAAACGUCUGAGAUGCUCUGCCACCCUCCACCCCCCACAGCUUCCACAACGACUUCAAAACCGUCAGAGCCCAAACUUCACAGGAAUUUGGGGGAUUCACAUUCAAGAGAGUUUUUCCUCUAUUAAACGGGGAACCAAGGCGCCUCAGCAGAGGCUGGCUCUCUCUUGAUCUUUUCCUUACUCCAAACUGUCAUGGGAUAAUUCAAAAGCACACAGAAAAUGUAAACAUAUCUUUGAGACAUGGAUAUUCCUUGUAAAGCAGCCAAACAUGUAUUGUUUUUUUCUAUCAGUUACAAAAAGACUAUUCUAUGAGAUGAAUAACUGAAGGUUUGUGAAUUGUAUUGAUAUUUCUCUGAUAUUUCGAUGUAUCUUGUUACCACUCCUCUUAACACGUUACAUUUUAGAUUGCCUUUUACUUCAAUCCAGACAAAGAGCACACCUUCCUCUGAUAGCUGCAAACAUCUUCUGUUUCUGCAUUAUUUACGGUCCAUAUUAUGCAGAGAAAACACAAGGACGGAUUUAACAAACAAGACGUUUUGUUGCAUUGUGCAUUUUAUAUGUGCUGAAUCUGUUACUCAAUGGAUCUGAUAAUAUAAAGCCAUUUUCUGUGUUGAGUUAUGUCUACAUUUACUUCAUCAUGCUCUGUGAUUUCUUGUUCUUUUUUUAUGAAAGUGCCAUUCAACAUGAGCUGCUCAGCACUCAGAAAAUAUUCCAUUCCUCACUCAUUGCUAUUGUAUAGUGUUCAUGUGAAAUGGAUCUUAAUAUGUGUACAGAACGUGGAUAAAUAUGAAAAUACACUUGAUUAUAUACUUUGUA